GGCUAAAAAAAUAAUACAUUUUAAGUUAAUACAUUGAGGUGAAAAGCCCUUAGGUUUUCUGUACAUUUUUAAUUUUUAAAGAACUAAAAUAAUACUGAAACACUAACUGCUAUCUCAAAUUAAAUCUGGAAGAACGGUUACUUUAAUUCCUUGAAAUAAGCAAAAAAAAAAAAACAUGUCACUUUACAUACUUCCUCCAAUUUAACCACAAACUUUAACUGGAAACUAUGCAGACAAUUUUAACAUACAUUAACACAAUUCUAGGUGGACAGUUACAGUCUCUGUACAAUAUACUAAGUUUGCUUAAAUGUUAAUGUUUAAUUUGCACUUAGUUUCUUAUUACCUAUGAUUCAUAUCUUCUACUGCAAGAUGUGUUAAGCUCAUUUUCACUUGCACUACAACAACAUGACGAGCAACCAGGGACUGAAGCUGAAGCGGGAGGUAGGGUUAAUUAGUGCCGUAUCUCUGGUCGCAGGCACUAUGAUAGGAUCGGGGAUCUUCAUGUCUCCUCAGUUUGUGAUGUCCAAUGUUGGAAGCCCUGGAGCGAGCUUGAUCAUCUGGGCUGUUUGUGGCUUGGUGACUCUAUGUGCUGCGUUUACUUAUGCAGAGCUUGGCACCAUGUUCAGAGAAUCUGGAGGUGAAUUUAUCUAUGUCCUGAGAAUCUAUGGACCAUUACCUGCAUUUUUUGUGGCAUUCACUUUCAUAAUUGUGGUGAAGCCAGCAGGUAUUGUGGCUGUUGCCUUGAGUUUUGCUCAGUAUGCAGUUGCUCCGUUUUAUCCAGGCUGCAUGCCACCUACAUUGGUGGUGAAAUUUAUAGCAGUGGUGUGCAUUUUUGUGGUGGCUACUGUCAAUAUGAUGAAUGUUCGCUUCGCUAUGGCCAUUCAGGUUAUUUUCCUGGUGGCCAAAGUUGUGGGUCUGAUGGUGAUUGUUAUUGGUGGAAUAGUUACCAUGGCCCAGAAUGGUCUGGGAAACCUUGGAAAUCCAGACACUGCCUUUGAAGGCACAACUUUGGAACUCAGUACAAUUGUAAUGGCUCUAUAUCAGGGACUCUGGUCUUUCUCAGGAUGGGCUAAUUUAGCCUUUGUUCUUGAAGAAGUGAAAAAGCCAGAGGUGAAUCUUCCCCGGGCGUUAAUGUUUGCCAUUCCAUUGGUAACAGUCCUCUACUUGCUGGUCAAUAUCAGUUAUCUGGUCGUCUUGACUCCUAGAGAGAUUAUGAUGUCCAGUGCUGUAGCAGUUACCUGGGGUAAUAAGGUGCUGGGCAGUUGGGGCUGGGUGAUGUCUAUUGCAGCAGCAUUAUCUUCCUUUGGCACACUGAACGGAUCAUUUUUUGGUGGGGGACGAGUUUGCUUUGCAGCUGCCCGAGAGGGUCACAUGCCUAGCAUCCUGUCUAUGGCCCAUGUGAAACACCUCACUCCAUCUCCAGCUCUCAUCUUUUCCACCAUCAUUGCCUUCAUUGUGCUCAUUCCUGGAGACUUUCGGAGCGUAAUCAAUUACUUCAGCUUUACAUCCUGGAUCUUUAUUGGACUUGCGAUAUCAGGACUGGUCUAUCUAAAAAUAAAAAAAUCAGAUCUUCGUAGUGCAUACAAGGUACCCAGAAUUAUACCUUUGCUGGUGCUGCUUGCAUCCGUGUUCCUGGUUCUAGCACCCAUCGUUGACAAGCCUCAGCUUGAGUACCUGUAUGUCACACUCUUCAUCCUAAGUGGAGCUUUCAUUUAUUUUCCAUUCAUUCACUUCAAACUGUGUCCACACCUGCUGGACAAACUCACAGUGUUUCUGCAGCUCUUCCUGGAGGUGGCACCAGCUGACAAAAAUCUCUAAACACUUCAUCUGAUUUAGAUGCAGAGCUUUUUAGACUCUUUUUCAUCAUUUGAAUACUAGCACAUUUUAAAACAACUUCACCAUACAACAAGACAAUGACCCAAAUCAUAUGUCCAAGCUCUAUAAGCAUUUUUAAGAGACUGUUGGCUGGAGUGUUAUCUAUAAUGCAAUGGCCUGUCCUGUCCUGUCCAACUUCUCUGGGAUGUACUGGAUUGCAAGGUCAAAUAUCAAACUAGUGAAGAACACCUUUGGCAAGUUUUGCAAGAGGAAUGGCAAAGUUUUACUGCUGCAUUUAUUGGAGAAACUAACUGUCUGGAUACCAGAAGUGUUUAAAGCUGUUAUUCAUGCUAUGGGAGGAUUUUUUAAUGUAAAAAGCUUUGCACACAUACAUCCAUACAGUUUUUUCAUACAUUUGUGCAUUUAUAUAAUUGAUGGGUCAAAGUAAAUCUUUAACUGUCAAACUAUGUAGUUUGCAGCAUAUAAAAAAAGAGAAAGUGCACGCAUUCAAGAAUCAUGAAAGACUAUGUUUACAAAUUAUUAACAGACACUUUACUUCUCUUAAUUUUGGACUACACAUUUUAAAGCUCUACACUCUAUAGAUUACCAAUUCCAUAGUGUACAAAAGUGGUCAUUUUUCCUUGUUGCUCACAAAUAUAUUUUGUACAAUUUGACAAUUUGUGAAAACAAAAAAAGUUUUGCAAAUAAAAUUAUUUUGCCAUGAGUAAGUAAGUAGCAGUAGUUUGA